AACCCUAAUAUUUGUUCAGACAAGAAAGAAGAAGAAGAAGAUAAAUGGAACCCUCUGAGUGAGAGUUAUCAGCAAUGGCGAUCUCGCUCAGACGUGCACUGAUCUCUUCUCGGAGCAUUUCUCUUCUACUCCGGACAUCUCUCUACUCGCGCGAUCUUUCACACUUGGCUUCCUCUUCGAACCUCUACAGGUCGUCUGUUACUCGCGCCACCACCAAUUUUCCGGCGAUCGAUUUCAUCAGAGAAAGCCGCAGAGGUUUUGCCAAAGGGAGAAAGUCGAAAGGGAAUGAUGAUGCGAGCACAGUUGAAAUUGUGGAUAUUGGCCCUACCGUUAAAGCCACUGCUGUCUCACAGAUGGAGGCAGCAGUUGAUGCACUCUCCAGAGACCUAAGCAAACUUCGGAGUGGGAGAGCAUCUGCUGGGAUGCUUGACCAUAUUAUCGUGGAAACUGGUGGUGUGAAGAUGUCUCUGAACCAUCUGGCGGUUAUCUCUGUCGUAGAUUCAAAAACGCUAUCUGUAACUCCUUAUGAUCCAAAUACCCUAAAGGAAUUGGAGAGUGCUAUUGUUUCAUCCCCGUUAGGUUUAAAUCCCAAAGCAGAUGGUCAGCGACUGAUUGCAGCUAUUCCUCCAUUGACUAAGGAGCAUAUGCAGGCCCUAUGUAAGGUGGUGGCCAAAUCUUCCGAAGAUGUCAAGCAGAGUAUAAGAAGAGCUCGCCAGAAGGCAUUGGAUUCGACGAAGAAAGCAGGUUCAAGUUUCCCAAAAGACGAAGCCAAAAGACUGGAGAAAGAAGUUGACGAAUUGACUAAAAAGUUUAUCAAGUUAGCAGACGAUAUGUGCAAGGCGAAGGAAAAGGAGAUCACUGCAGGCUGAGUUGUGGCUUAUGACCGACUAUUUCAAAUAUUACAGAAAGUACAAACUCUCUCUUCAGUCUUCAUUUCAAGGCUUUACAGCUCAAGUUCCAUGGCUGUAAGUUCUUUAUUUUUUGGGUAAAAACUAGAAGCAUGCAAUAGCUCGACAGUUUCAGGGAUUAGGAGCCCCAGGUGAGUGUAUCUCUAUCUCACCAGGGUGAAAGAGGACGUGGGCCAAAAAGAAUCAAUAAUUUUAACAUCACAAGUACACAUAUGAUGGUUUCGUAAUAGCGUAGGUAUCAUCUCUCUCAAGCGCACAAUUUCCAGAGUCUUUACACUGCACUACUUGACAUGUGAUUGCCUGCUCUUCUCUUAGAUCUCCCAGGAACUUAACAAGCCGUUCUCUCUCACUAGAAUACAUGAAUUGCUGAUCAUUUCUACUUGUGUCCCGAUCUUUUGUAAGGUUCUUAUUGCUCAAAUACUUGUAUGUUAUACAUAGAUUUACAGCCAUCUUUGUCAUUUA